AUGGAGCCCGUCUCACUAGCGUUGGGCAUCCUCCCCGUAAUCGGCGGCUCAAUUGGCGCCUACAAAGCGACCGUCUCAAAACUCAAGAUUUUUUGCCAUUACUCUCGGGAGGUGAAACGACUGCGACAACGCUUCGAUCUCCAGCGGGUUGUUUUUCUCAAUGAAGCCGAACUGCUUCUCUCCGAUGUGUUGAGGGACAAGGCAGUCGCAAAGAGUAUGGUUGACGGGGAAGGCCAAUCGCGAUGGGAUGACACCGAUCUUGAGGCGAGUGUUCGAGAUCACAUGGGCCGGAGCUUGGACUCGUUUAAGGAUGUCAUGGAAGAAAUCGACACCACCAUGACAGAAUUCCAAGAGGGGUUAGAUUGUUUCAAGCAGUUAGAGGCCGAGAGACAAGAGGACGAAAAUGUCAAAGACGCCGUCAAGAGACUACGCAAGAGGGUCAAGAUCACCUUCAGCAAAGACAAGUUCGACGACCUUACAAGCAAGCUCAAGCGAUCCAACAAGGACCUCGAACGCAUCCGGAAACAGGCCCACGACAUCAGUGUCAAGGACACAGCAAAGUGCGUUGUCAAAACUUGCUGCAAGGUAGAAAAGCAGCCUCCCCGCCAUUUUCCGUCGUUCGGCUCCAUACGGAGAGCUUCGCGUGCUCUUCAUGAGGCGUUGCUGACAGCUUGGUCCAACACAUCGGAAAGACAGCUUCGCCAUUCCCUCAGGCUGUUCCUGGAUGCUGAAGGAGUGGAGGAGGUGCGGAUGAACUUAGCCAUUCUAUGCUACGGGCAUCAGAUGACACAUGAGGUGACAACUGCCGAAGCCAACUUGAUCCGCCUCCACGUCCAGUCACGCACCCUUGAAUCACUAUCAUGGACUCGUCCAACUGGUCUAUUGACCCCAGCCGAUUCGACAGUUUCAAUCGACUCCCAAAGCACCGAGGAAGGCGGUAGGCGGAAGCGACAAAGAGUACGAUUUGCCCCGUCGCCAUCUGAAAACUCCAAAGACCAUCCAAAUGAUGUCCCUGACCAUUCCUCGCUUUUGCCCAAAUGUCCAGUCCCCGACUGUCGAGUCAUGACAGAUCCAGAUGUACUUGAACUUUCAGGCGAUAUCUGCAUGGAGAUUAAGCGCCGGGUUACUCGCCACCUGAUCUCACAGACCCCGAGCUGUCUCCCUCCAUGCCUUGGUCACAUUGACUACUCGGUGGAAGAGAGCUUCAGACAUUCUUUCUAUCCGUCAAUAGACGAUGAACUCGAGCACAAAGAGUGUCAGGCAACAUUAAACCCCGAGGAAGUCAUGAGAAUGGACGACAUCCUCGCGAAACCAGUUGACAAGAGGUUAACCAUUGUCCACCAACUCCGCUUGGCCCUACAAAUCGCGUCAGCUGUCCUCAAGUUCAGCUCGACGCCGUGGUUAAGAGAGUACUGGAGCGUCCGUGAUCUGUACCUUUUCCACGGAAGCCAAGCUGAUGAGUUAUCUGCAUCUAUUCAGACGAUGCACUUUAAAGUCGACGUUAUCAAUUCGCAGGAUCUAGACUAUGAGUCCUUCAUGGAUGUGGACAUGUCCUUGCCCAAUACUCCCAUGUCCGCCCUCAUGGACCAGGCAACACGAAAGUACGGUAUCCGAAACAUGACGCUAUACAGUCUCGGUGUCGUACUGUUGGCUAUCGGACAAUGGGCGCCAGUCGAUCUCAACGACGUGGAGGAAGUGCGUCGGCUGGCUACUGAGCCGUGUCGUUUGGGGCCGAGAUAUCAGGAGCUCACGCAAAAGGUGCUAGACUGUGAUUUUGGCUAUGGAAAAGAUUUGACUAAGCCGAGACUUCAGGAGGCUGUGUACGAGAAUGUGCUGUUGGAGUUGGAAACGAUGAUUGAGCGGUUAGAUCUGAGCAGGUAG